AUGGCUGCGAGGCUGGCGGAGCAGCAGAAGGAGCGAGCCGAGGUGAGUGUGCAGUGCGAGGGACUCGAGUCGGAGCCACGUGACACAAACCACCGGCUGCAGCAUGCCAACCCAGCUGUGAGCAAACAGCCGCAGCCGCAACACCAGCGGCCUUUUACUAGCGACCUCGCCGCGUUGCGGUCGUCGUUUCCGCGCGACGAAGACGGGGCUGGCUUGUGCGCCGCGCCCGAAGUGCUUGCGUCCUCACCAAACUGGGACUCCUCUGCGCUACUGGCGCGGGGCGCUUGGCUGCAGCCCGUGGCGGCGCAAAGCUCUCACCGAGAUGUCUCCGUGGGGCCCGUCGGUCGCCUCGACGCGUCGCUGGACACGCGCCUGCAGACGCUGGUGGCAGAGGUGGAGUCCGCAGUGGAAGCGAUGCUCUCCGCCAGAGACCACGCGCUUCGGUGGUCAUGGAGAGAAGAGGAACAACCACAUCAGCGGCGGCAACGCCCGAACUCUGUCUCACCGCUUACAGAAAAAACGUUUAGUGAGGGAAAUCGCCUUCUUGCCGCGAGGUGCGUCGUGAAACUGAUGGAGGCCGUGAGACUGUUGGAUGGCGUCCUGCAGACCGUGCACCCAGCCUCCUUUCGAGCUGCCAGCACUGCAGGGAGGGGCCACGAGGACGGCGACGGACCUGUAGAGCGCCUGCAAAGGCAGCAACAGACGUUGCGUCUUCUGAUGCAGGAGAUGCAGGAGGCGAAGAUUCCAGGACGCCGUUGUGCGUCCGCUGCGGCUGCCUUUCUCUGUGACCCUCUCAUUGAACCACUGGCGAAGGCCGUGGUGGAGCGGCUGGGUGUGGUGCUGGAACACCUUCAGCGCGGGGAGCUGUUCUGCAGGAGUCAUGCCUCUGGCACCGCUGACAUUGACGCAGUGAUGGUGGAGGGUGACGACAUCGCAGUCUUCGCAUCGUCCCCGCCGCGGCCUCCACUGCCAGCAGUUGAUGAGGACACUGAAGCUGCAGCGGCGGCAGCAGCAGCCGACGUGAAUGCCACGCGCCAACUCCACUUGGAUGGAGGGGGCGUUGGAACAACCCCGCGUCACACCUUUGGCUUUAUGGGUGGACGCUUGCUGGUGUCAAAUAACGGCACACGUCUGCAGCGCAUGGUGCUGCCAGGUGUGGUGGACACCAUGACGAGCUCCGCGCUUGGGGCAGUGGACCACCGAAGCUUUCUCUCCCUGCAGCACUCUGCCGUUCCGCCGUGCUUUGAGUACACCAUACGAGUUGGUAUGUACUGCGAUGGUCUGCUGAUGGGGUUUGCGGACCGCUACCUGCAGCUGGAGGGGUUUGGCCCGGCACGCAACUCGUUGCGGUACGCAAACUGCUACUACCUGCACUUGGGCCGAGGUACGUUGUUUUGUCCGGCGCAGGGGAUAGUGGACAUGCCGUACCGUACAUUUCAGCGCGCCGCUCCUGCUACUGUUAUGGAGGGGCUGACGGGCAGCGGCGACAGGGACGUGAGCACCAUUUCUACGUUUGCUGCUGUGCGUGUUGGCGAGGAGGUCAACUGCUCGCUUGACACCGUGACGCAUACAAUACGGUUUCGACGCGACGGUGUUGACUGUGGUGUCGCCUUCGCGCGCGUCAGCCUCACGAGAGCCCUCUUCCCUGCGUUCGAGGUGAACUCCCGGGGCUGCACGAUAGAGUUUGUGUGA